UUGAUGGUCAUUCCAGAUACCAGCACUCUGCCCAGUCAGAAGUUGAUUUCUCUGUCCAACUUUCGUUGAACUUCACCGUAACAGUGUGAUACCAGAUCAAACCUUGGCAACUCAAGUAAUCUCAUUUGAAAUGUUGCACUAAACCCAUUGAUGGAUUUUGUUAAAUCUUUUUACAGGUUAAAAAUGAGAAGGAAUUUGUCGCCAGGAAGCUCAAACACGGCACAUCAGUUUUGUUGUCUCUGUCUAGAUGUUUAAAAAGUGGAGCAAGGGAUGCAAUUGACCACCCUUUCUGCUCGGACUGUGGAGAGGGAUUCACUCGGACAUUUGACCAACUGGCACGCCUGUAAUUUACACAGGAGAAAGGCCUUUCACCCGCUCAGACAGUGGGAAUGGAUUCACUCGAUUAUCACAAUUGAAAGUACAUCAGCAAGUUCACACUGGGCAAGGCCAUUCACCUGUUCUGUGUGUGAGAAGGGGUUCAGUCGGUCAUCCCACCUGUGAACACACCAAUCAGUUCACACUGGGCAGAGGCUGGUCAACUGCUGAGUUUCUGGGAAAGGAUUCACUUAGUCAUCUGUUCUAAUGGCACACCAGCGUGUUCACACCGGGGAGAAGCCGUUCACCUGCUCAGUCUGUGGGAAAGGAUUUACACAGACAUCUACCCUACUGGUACAUCAGCGAGUUCACACUGGGGAGAGGCCAUUCACCUGCUCAGUCUGUGGGAAAGGAUUCACUCAGUCAUCCCACCUACAGAUACAUCAGCGAGUUCACACUGGGGAGAGGCCAUUUAACUGCUCAGUCUGUGGAAAGGGAUUCAUUCAGUUAUCCCACCUGCAGAGACAUCAUCGAGUUCACACUGGGGAGAAGCCGUUCACCUGCUCAGAAUGUGGGAAGGGAUUCACUUGGUUAUUCAGCCUACAGAAACAUCAGAGAGUUCACACUGGGGAGAAGCCGUUCACCUGCUCAGUCUGUGGGAGGAGAUUCACUGAGUCUUCCACCCUGCAGAAUCAUCAGCGAGUUCACACUGGGGAGAGGCCAUUCACCUGCUCAGUCUGUGGGAAAGGAUUCACUCAGUCAUCCCACCUACAGAUACAUCAGCGAGUCCACACUGGGGAGAGGCCAUUUAACUGCUCAGUCUGUGGGAAGGGAUUCAUUCAGUUAUCCCACCUGCAGAGACAUCAUCGAGUUCACACUGGGAAGAAGCCGUUCACCUGCUCAGAAUGUGGGAAGGGAUUCACUUGGUUAUCCAGCCUACAGAAACAUCAGCGAGUUCACACUGGGGAGAAGCCGUUCACCUGCUCAGUCUGUGGGAGGAGAUUCACUGAGUCUUCCACCCUGCAGAAUCAUCAGCGAGUUCACACUGGGGAGAGGCUGUUCACCUGCUCAGAAUGUGGGAAAGGAUUCACUCUGUCAUCUACCCUACUGAUACAUCAGCGAGUUCACACUGGGGAGAGGCCGUUCACCUGCUCAGUCUGUGGGAAAGGGUUCACUCUGUCAUCUACCCUACUGGUACAUCAGCGAGUUCACACUGGGGAGAAGCCGUACACCUGCUCAGUCUGUGGGAAGGGAUUCACUAAUUUAUCCAGCCUACAGAGACAUCAGCGACUUCACACUGGGGAGAAGCCGUUCACCUGCUCAGAAUGUGGGAAGAGAUUCACUCAGUCAUCCAACCUACUGAGUCACCAGCGAGUUCACACUGGGGAGAAGCCAUUCACCUGCUCAGUCUGUGGGAAGGGAUUCACUCAGUCAUCCCACCUACGGAGUCACCAGCGAGUUCACACCGGGGAGAGGCCAUUCACCUGUUCAGUCUGUGGGAAGGGAUUCACUCAGUCAUCCACCCUACAGAGUCACCAGUCAGUUCACACUGGGGAGAGGCCGUUCACCUGCUCAGAAUGUGGGAAGGGAUUCACUGUGUCAUCCACCCUACAGAGACAUAAGCGAGUUCACACUGGGGAGAAGCCGUUCACCUGCUCAGAAUGUGGGAAGGGAUUCUCUCAGUUAUCCAGCCUACAGAAACAUCAGUGAGUUCACACUGGGGAGAGGCCAUUCACCUGCUCAGAAUGUGGAAGGAGAUUCACUGACUCUUCCACCCUGCAGAGUCAUCAGCAAGUUUACAGUGGAGAGAGGCAGUUCUCCUGCUGAGAAUGUGGGAAAGUAUUCACUCUGUCAUCCACCCUACUGGUACAUCAGCAAGUUCACACUGGGGAGAAACCUUUCAACUGCUCAGUCUGGGAAUGGAUUCACUCAGUUAUUCACCCUACAGAAACAUCAACAAGUUCACACUGGAGAGAGGCCGUUCACCUGCUGAGAAUGUGGGAAAGGAUUCACUCAGUCAUCCCACCUACUGACACACCUGUCAGCUCACAAUGGGGAGUGGCCAUUGUUAUGAAUCUCUAGGUUUUGUUUGCUGUGGAGAGAGAGAGAGAGAGAGAUUAAGAAGGCAAAUGUGUCUGACUUGCAGCUUGUUUACAUUGUGUGCAGCUUGUUUAGUUUUAACUGAGGACACAGACACUCAGAGUCAGACGGAGACGAAGGAGGAAAAAUGGAAAGAAUCGAAACCAGGGAACUAGUGGCCAAGGGUCACUGUUUGGAACUUUCCUUUGCCCACAAAUGUGGGCAAAUUAUCGAUUCUCCGUACAUUGAAUAUGUGGAUGUCACCUCAUUUGAUCCAUUGGAGUGGAUCUGAUUUGGGGUAUCCUGCGCUGACCACUAAUGUGUUAACCCUUGUCUGGCUAUGGUGUGGUAAUCCUUUUGAAGACGAUACCCUUCAUGACAAGUCACUUUGGGUGAUAAUUAGUAUGUGGAUUUGGAAGGAUGACAGAUAAAAUCUACAGCAACUGUUGGUCUUGUUUUACCACCAUGUAACCUGUGGAAUAUGACAUAAUUGCCUUCUCUCAACAUUUACCCUGGAUUACAAAUAUCUCUCUCAUCACCUAUUCUGUGGUUGAACUGAACUUUCAUACUUUACCAUCUCAAGACUCCAAGUCUUGUUUCCCCCGAGCUCAAUAGUUUGGGAAUUUUAUUUAUACACAUAACACUCAGGAGGAAAUCUGCAGAUGCUGGAAAUUCAAACAACACACACAAAAUGCUCAUGGAACACAGCAGGCCAGGCAGUAUCUAUAAGGAGAACUGUCGACGUUUCAGGCUGAGACCCUUCGUCAGGACUAACUGAAAGGAAAGCAGGUUGUUUCUGAACUGGGAGCAAAACAAAUUGCAUCAUCUGCGUACCAUACAGAAUCACAAGGGGCUUUAGAAAGAUUUCAUUCUACCCUCAAAACAAUGAUUAAGACAUAUUGUGUUGAAAAUGGAAAAGACUGGGAUGAAGGAAUACAUUUGCUUUUUUCCACAGAAAGGGAGUCAGUACAGGAAUCACUGGGCUUUACUCCAUAUGAACUUGUAUUUGGUCGCAGAGUGACCUUUGACCUUGUUAAAAGGAACGGUGGAUUGAUGUUAACUCGUUAGACUAUGUUUUGAAGUUCAAAAAGAAACUACACCAAGCCUGUAGUCUAGCGAGACAAAACUUAAAGAUUUCUCAAAACAAAAUGAAGUGUUGGUUUGAUAACAGCGCUCGCGAAAGAAAAUACCAGGUGGGUGGUAAGGUGCUUGCCUUAUGUUGACGAAUCCACUUCAGGUGAAAUUCAAUAAACUGUAUGAAAUAGUCUCUCAAAUUAAUAAUGUGAAUUAUGUUAUUAAAACACCCAACUGACUUGAACUAACGCAGGUGGUACACAUAUAUAUGAUAAAACCUUUUUUGACAAGCAGGUACCAUCUGUGUGUGUCGUUGUCAAAACAUAUGAAUCUGGCAACCCUGAGAAUGAAACAAUCGACUCGUCUGAGAAUUUUCACAAGCCAAACAUGGUCCCAGUUAGGCUAAUGAACUCGGUUGUUCCAGAAAACAUUACUAACAAGUUGUCUCAUCUGCAGCCAAAGCAACAGCAACAGCUGAAGGAAUUAAUUCUGAAGUUUAAAGAUUUAUUUCCCGAUGUUCCCAAGCAAACCACGGUCGCAGUACAUGAUGUAGAUGUUGGUGAAGCCAAUCUGAUUAAACAACACCCACUUCGCAUGAAUGUAGAAAAGUGUAAAUUGGCUGACCAGGGAAUUGAGUAUAUGCUGGAGAAUGGUAUUAUUAGGCCUUCAAAAUGAGAUUGGAGUCACCCUGCAUUAUUGUGCCCAAACAUGAUGGUAGUGUUAGAUUUUGCACUGAUUGUAGAAAGGUAAAUGCAGUAACAAAAUCUGAUGUCUAUCCUGUCGCUAGAGUGGAUGAUUGCAUCGAUAAGGUUGGAAAAGCUAAUUUCUUACAAAAAUUGAUCUGUUGAAAGGGUAUUGGUGUGUUCCAUUGACGGACGGAGGUAGAGAAAUUUCUGCCUUUGUGACACCAUCUGGGUUGUAUGAAUACAAUGUUUUGCCUUUUGGAAGGAGAAAUGCUCCAGGAACAUCCCAGAGAAUGAUGGAUUUUGUAAUUCGAGGGUUAGAACACACAGAUACCUAUAUUGAUGACUUAGUUACAGGGAGGGACACUUGGGAAGAGCAUAUCUCUGGAGCAGAAAAGCUGUUUCACAGGCUUUCCUAGGAUAACCUUACAGUUAACUUGGCUAAUAGUGAAUAUGGCCAUGCCACUGUGACCUAUCUUGGCUAUGUUGUAGGUCAAAGCAAGUUGGCUCCUGUUCUGGCAAAAGCCUAUUCAUAGAACCUAAGAAUCUAAGAAGGCUGUUAGAAGGUUUCUGGGAAUGGAUGGAUAUUAUCGUAAGUUCUCUAAGAACUUUGCUGCUAUCGCUCUUCCUCUGACCAACCUCCUGAAGAAGGGUGAAAAGUUUGUUUGGACCGAGCCUUGUCAGAAGGCAUUUGAUUGAUUGUUAUCGGUAUUUCAGAUUAGGCCAAUCAAUAUACUGCUGUCAGCAAAUUUAAAUAGCAGAUUGGAGCUGUGGGUGGCAACACAAGUCAUGGGUGCACAGAGAGUAAAGGAGAGGGCCAAAGAGACAACCCUGUGGGUUUUGUGUGCUGAGGGUCAGAGAGACAGAGGAGAUGGAGCCCACUCUUACCACCUGCCUGCGAUCUGACAGGAAGUCCAGGAUCCAGCGACACAAGGCAGGGUGAAGGCCGAGGUCUCUGAGCUCCAUGUCGACACUUCACGCCUUUGUAUGGCUACUGCUUUGCCCAUGACUGCAAGGAACUGCAGAGAACUUUGGAGAGCAGAGAACAUCAGAGAAACAAGCCUCUUCUCCAUGGACUCUUCCUACACUUCCCCUGCCUCGGAAAAGCAGGCCAUGUACACAAAAAACCUCAUAACCUGGACAUUCUCGCUGCAAACCCGGGGGAAGCGAAACAAAAGCCUUAAAGUGCGUAACACCAGGCUGAAAGUUGAAUUCCUGUCUGUGGUUAUAAUCCAAAUGAAUGAUAAAAUGGACUCGACCUCACAAUGUAACUCAGCGUGACCCUGCACCAUAUGUCGAUCUGCACUGCAUUUUCUCUGCAGCCACAAUGCUUUGUUACAGUGAUUAUUUUG